AUUAAUAUGUAUGAUGCUUUUGGCAUUAAUUGUGCAAACAUUCUAGAACAAUUUGAGGCAACAAAGUGCUGUAAAUGAGAAAUGGACGCCGACGCCCCAAAAAGCAGAUAAACCGCCUGACCCGAGAGAGUGGCGUCUUCAAUUAAAUAGCAUAUAUGCCCUAUGUACGGAGCAAAUAUCGCCGAUCGGAGUCCGGAUCCGAGUCAGUGCAGCUUGGAACACCAACGCGUUCGCAAUGUCUCCGGAACGUUACGAAAAUUUUGGUUACGGUAUCACCGUAGUCCUACUCCUGUUUGUAUUCUCUCUAGACCAGGUUGCCGGCUACUCGGGUCUGAUACCAGCCGAUGAAGCUAAUCCCGGAAAGUGCAUCUACCGUGGGGACACCCUGGAACUGGGAGUCAACAAUGGCAUCUCGCCCUGCCAGCGGUUGACCUGCUAUGAAGAUGGUUCCAUUCUUAUAGAGGGAUGUGGCAAGCCACGUUUUGUGGACUGCAACCGCGGCGAGCGCUUAAAUCCCGGCGAACCAUUCCCGGAUUGCUGCAAACUGAGAUUCAAGUGCAAGAAACCCGGAGCUGCUCCGGACUAUAUCGACUGGGAUGCUGCCACAAAUGCCAGGAUUGACCGGAAUUAGCCAGAAGUUGGUCCGGACGGAGUGCCAAGGAGAUCUAAAAUCCCUUUCAUUAAUUUUCUAAUUUAUUUUUCAACUUGUACAUCUCAAUAAGUUUUGUUGUUUUUUUUUUUUAUGUA